CCACCUGUCACCAGGUUGAUAUGAAGAGACUUCAAAAACUGAUGCAGGACUCGCUCUGUUCCCCUGUAACGGUCCGGACGUACAGACGAGAUGAGAGGCUUCUGGCUGCUGUUAGUGCUCGUGGCUGUGGCCACAGCUGAUGAGAGGGUCUUCACUGGAGAUCAGGUCAUCAGGGUCAAUGCUGAGUCGGAGGAGCAGAUCCAGCUCCUGCAGGCUCUGGAGACUCAAGAGGAGUGGGAGGUGGAUUUCUGGCUCCACCCAGUCUCCGUUGAUCUCCCCAUCGACAUCCGUGUGCCUCUUGCAAGUCACAGCGCUGUGACGGAGUUCCUCACUGCCCACAACAUCCACUACUCCCUCCUUAUUGACAACCUUCAGGAGCUCCUGAAUGAGGAGAAAGCUGAGAUGCAGAGGAACCAGAUGAAGGAGCGCAGCACCAAGAGCUUCAACUUCGGAGCCUAUCAUCGUGUGGAGACUAUCUACAGCUGGAUGGACACUCUGGUGGCUCAGUACCCGAACCUGGUCUCCAAGCAGGAAAUUGGUAAAUCCUAUGAGAACAGGCCAAUGUAUGUGCUCAAGUUCAGCACAGGGGGAAACAAGCGCCCUGCAAUCUGGAUGGACACCGGAAUCCACUCCAGAGAGUGGGUGUCUCAGGCCACCGGAGUGUGGACGGCCAACAAGAUUGCCACAGAUUAUGGCACUGACCCUUCCAUCACCUCCCUCCUGAAAACCAUGGACAUCUACAUGCUGCUGCUGGCCAACCCUGACGGAUACGCCUACACACACUCCAACGACCGUAUGUGGCGUAAGACCCGCUCCAGGAACUCAGGCUACUCAUGCCGUGGAGUCGAUCCCAACAGGAACUGGGAUGCAGGCUUUGGUGGCCCCGGAGCCAGCAGUUACCCCUGCUCUGAUUCAUACCACGGCCCCUCCGCUCACUCUGAGAUCGAAGUGAAGAACGUUGUGAAUCUGAUCAAGAGCCACGGCAACUUCAAGUCCUUCAUCUCCGUCCACGCCUACUCCCAGCUGCUCAUGUACCCUUACGGAUACACCUGCGGGCACGUGCCCCAUCAGGCUGAGCUGGACGCUGUUGGCAGAGCAGCUGUGCAGAAACUCACCUCCCUCCAUGGCACCAGAUACAAGGUUGGAAGCAUCUGCAACAUCAUCUAUCAAGCCAGCGGCGGCAGCAUCGAUUGGUCCUACAACCUGGGCAUCAAGUACUCCUAUGCCUUCGAGCUGAGAGACACUGGACGCUAUGGCUUCAUCCUGCCAGCCAAUCAGAUCAUCCCCACAGCCACCGAGACGUGGCUCGCCCUGAAACACAUCAUGGAGUACGUCCGUGAUCAUCCUUAUUAAGAGGAGAGCUUCAUAAUGAAGUGUUUUUAAUUAGCAGAGCAACUUUUUAAUCAGACAGUGCUUAUUUGUGACAUGUGACAUGUUGAUAUUGACCAAUAAAGUCAUGCUUGUCUGCAUUUCA